CGCGUCGUGCGCGUCUCCUGGCUGCCCGGCCCGCAGCCGCAGCCGCUGCUGCUGUUCCGCCAGUACCGCAGCGCCAAGGUGCAGGCGCGCAGCCUCGCGGCCGCCGCCCGCGCGCCCAAGGUGCAGGGGCCCGCGCUCGUGCUGCCCGCCUCCUACACAGGCUGGUUCUCAAGAGUAAAUUCCAAAGGCCAACCUACUGCACGAUGUUACACAAACAUACAGCAGCUAGUGGCUGCACAGAUCACAACUUUCGUCACCAGAACUGAGCUGACUGCGUACAGACUCAACGAUACAAAAGAGAUCCAGCAGGAAUCAGUAAACAAGAAGAUGCAAUAUCUGAAGACAAGUGUACGAGCUGGUCACGCCAUUAAACUGUUGGCUGUUUUUGAAGAUGUAAACAAUGUCCAAGUGCACAACAAUAAGCGCCUUUCACUGCCUCUCAUUGGACGAGCCAGCAGCAAAGGAGACAAAUAUGCCCAGUGCCUUGAUGAUAAGAACCAGGUGGUGUUCAUCCCAUUGACAACAACUGGUCAGCUGUAUGCAGUGUCUGGUUUGGAUGAGACGCACAUCGUGUCUCAGCUCUCACACCUGCUCAGGGACGGACAGUUCCCAAUCAGAGUGUGCCUUGUGGCAGGACCAUUGCCAUCACCUUUACCUGCUGGUUUUACAGGCAAUCUUUGGCUUGAAAGCUGCCAGCAGGAAGAUGUUAUCCUGGCGUGUACACUGCCACCAGAUGCUGAUCUCUCUUGUCAUGGACAGUUUACAUCCCAGAUGCAGCCAAAGUUCCUCGAAAUCGAUGCAGACUCCCAGUUUCUGCUGUCACGACCUUUACUGCACCACGAGACAGAGAUGCGAAUGUUCAAAUCACCUCUACUCCAGGGUGUGCUUGCAUUUUGUCGUGAACAUGGUGAUCGCUGGAGACGUCAAAUUAAAGUGACACAUCAUAUAUUUCCAUCAAAUGAGACCUUACUGCAAGUACCAUUACCAGCAUCCAAGGAGAAGGCAGAGAAAAUAAAAACAAGACAAGCAACUAAGAAGUCUGCAUCAUUUACUUACAUGCCAUAUAAUGGAAAUGCAAAUGUAAAGGUAGAAGAAGGGCGUAACUUGCCUCCUGCUGUGCCACCGAGAAACGAGUCACGAAUACCACCCGACAGUGGUCCACCGAGUGAAAAUCGCUGUCACCAUAACCACGUAUCUCCAAAGGUUCAGCAAUAUAUCAACAACAAAAACUACCCAUCAAUGUAUCAGCCUGAGGUAUCAUCUGCAAUAUCUGGCCAAAGUCGUACUGCAUCUACAUCUCAUCUACAGCAAAGAAUUCAGAGUCCUCCCUUGCCACCUCCAAAUGCAAAUUUAAGGAACAAAGAGGUAUCGUCUGGACUGUCACUUUCACCUGAUGACCUCCCUUACUCUCAUGUUGCAGAUGCAAUAGUAAACAAUUUUAAAAAUGGUGAGAAUACUAUUGAUGAAGAAAAUAUAUAUGCAGAAAUAUGUGAGCCAAAGAAUUCGUCCUCUAGAGAUGUCAGAAAACUAGACUUUUAUUUUCUGAAACACAGAGGUGCAGAGAAACUCAAAGAAGAUUAUUAUUAUGUGCAGUUUGAUAGUGGCAGUGAGAGCAGUGCAGUGCUAAAGGAAGAAGUAACUUACGAUACAGUUUGCUGAUAUUGACUGUACAUUAUUUAGCUUUCAGAAUGCUUAAAAUUGUCAGAAUUAUCUGCAAAAAAUCUGUACUGUUAUCAAUACAGAUAAUAUAAUGGCUGAAUUUUAAUUGUUGUAAGCAACUGUGAUGUCGCAUUUAACACAUUUACUGAAUUUAUAAAAAAAUCAUCAUGUUCAUCUGAUUAUAUGUUUAAUUCUGUAUCAGAACAAAGGAAGAAAUUCAAACAUGCACAUAAAUAUGUACUGCACUGCAUUAUGUUACACUUCAAUAGUUAACAGAAGUGUGUCAAUGCAGUCCAAUACAAAGGUAUCCAUUGCUCAGAAUAUUAGCUUUUUGUCCACAGAUACACAUCAGAUUGUGAGCAUAUUGCAGAAAUACUUUUGUAUGCAAUGAGCAAGCUUCCAUUUCCACCCCUUUCACUUCCUUAUACCAGAUGUUCAUUGAAUUUCAGUUAACAAAUUUUCAGUGUAUGUCUCCAUUCUAUAUGCAGAAAGCUCAGAUGAACACACACUAUUUCAAGAUUGUACAAAUAUGAGUCAUGUGUUCAAAAAUUAAAAUUCUACACUUUUAAAUGGGAUAAUUGAGGCAUAAUGGCUGAAAAGAUUAUCCAAACAUUGCUAGACACAAUAUGAUUAGAUACAAAGGUUCUGAAUAUGCUUGUUCAAAAAUACUCUGAACUUUAUAAACUAUAUACUGAUUUUGAAAAACUAUGAUUACUCAUUAUAUGCAAGACCCUGGAAGAUAAAUUUUCAAAUGUGAAUAAUUUAAUGGAGUGCUACAAAGUAAACAUAAAUCAUGCAUCUCAUUUUGUACUAACUAAUGUAUAUACUGUACGUAAAAUGACAAAAUGUAGAAUUUCCA